AUGCCUCACCAAGUCUCCACCUCCUUCUCUGCGCCACCAGAAACCCACGACUUCACCGCUCUGCUCUUCGAUAUGGAUGGGACUAUCAUCGACUCUACCCCAGCAAUCGUCAAGUACUGGCAAGCUCUCGGCAAGGAAAUAGGAGUAGACGGCGACCUCAUCCUCCAAACCUCCCACGGCCGCCGAAGCGUAGACGUCCUGGCCAUCCACGCUCCGCACCUCGCAACCUGGGACUACGUCUGCAAAGCCGAAGGCCGCAUCCCGCUCGAGCACGGCCAGGAUGCCAUCGAGAUCCCCGGCAGUAGAGCACUACUCGACUCCCUCGAGAAGCGAAGCGUGCCGUGGGCCAUCGUCACUUCCGGCACGAAACCGCUUGUAACUGGAUGGUUGAAUGUGAUGAAGUUGGCGUUUCCGAAGAACAUGGUCACGGCCGAGGAGGUGAAGCAGGGGAAGCCGAACCCGGAGUGCUAUCGCUUAGGUGCGAAACGCUUAGGUCAGGAGAACGCUGACCCGAGUCGGAUUCUGGUGCUCGAGGAUGCUCCGGCGGGUGUGAGGGCUGGCAAAGCCGCUGGCUUCAAGGUCGUGGCGCUGGCGACUACGCAUGCGAUUGAGCAGUUACGGGAUGCUGGCGCUGACUGGAUUGUGCGAGAUAUGCGCAGUGUCACGAUGGCGGGUUGGAAUGUGAAGGCUGGGGUGGCGAGUAUUGAGAUCAGGGAUGCGCUUGUGGCAUGA